AUGGCGUCAAUAGUCACAGUUGCCGUAACGUAUAUUCGAAGCAAUCUCUGUUGGUUUUCAGAUGAACGACUUCGAAUCAAGGCAUUAUAUGCGAAAAUUCGUUCGUUGGAAGAGGAUAAUGCAAGUUUGCAAGCAAAAUCAGAUGAAUUACAAUUAGAACUGAAUAGAGUCGAACAAAAUGAUCAUAACAACUCAGUUCAUGACAAUAAUGUGAGCAGUAGUUCCGAAGAGGACGAUAAAAGUAUCCGUUUACAACAAAGUCGUUUAAUUGAGACAUUAACUGCGUCGUUGCAAGAGAGUGAAAGUAAAUUAAUUGAAUAUGAGGAAAAGUUGUUAAAUUUGCGAAGAGUCGAAGCAGCAACAAAUGAUAACGAAAGAAAAGAAGGAAAUGAAGUUGAUGUGACGUUAAUGAAUGAUCAAAAGAGUGAAGUUAUGAUCGAGAGCAUGCGAACUGAAUUGAGCGCAAUGAAAGAAAGCCUCGAGAAAGCAUCAGAUCGUAUUCAGCACAUGGAAUGCGUUAAUUUCGAAUUGCAACGUGAAUUGAAAGAGACAAAGUCUGAACUGAUGCUGGCUGAAAAUCGUGCGAAAGAAACCGAUGAACAAUUCUUGGAAUUAAGCAAAGAAAAACAACGUUCUUUCGAAGAGCAAAAACGACGUAUUGAUGAACUAAUGGAAAUCAGUGUAGAAUCAGAAAUGAAUUUCAAAAAUCAGGUAAACACUAUAUCAGAAAUGGAAUCCGAAACGAUCAUUUUGCGAGAUCGAUUACGAAGAAUGGAAGAAGAAUUGUGCUCGGUGAAAGAUGAAGCAAACAAGAACCGAAAGGAACUCGAGAAUGCUAAGUUGGCGAUGUCCGAGAUGGAGGCUGUUGAUAAUGAAGUGCAGGCACUCAAGCAACAGCUUGAUAUAGAAAAAGAGUCGCUUGCAAGUGAAUGGACAAAAGUUCGUUCAAUGUUGGUGAGCAAUAAUGAGGAACGAAAACGAGAAAACGAUGAAAAUGAAAUGACCGAAAUAAAAAUUACAAACAACGGCAGCAGUGUGAGUGAGAGUGAAGGUGGUCAUUUGGAUAAUGAGAUAAGUGAUCACACGCAAACGGCUGAUAAUCAAGAGGAAUUGCUGAUGAUGGUUGGAGGUGUAGAGACGCUUUUGGUUGGUAGGGAAUCGAGCAGUGGUCUGAAGAAUUGUGAAAAGGUGGUCGAGAAUCGAGAUGAGAACGUUGAGGAUAGUGAGCAGUUCGCAUGGGGAGACGAUGAUGGGAUUGUUGACGGAUUGGUGAAUGACAGACAGUCAUCAGAAGUACAAUUAACGACAGGUAUAAAUGCGACGCAAGUAGGUGAUGACCAAGAGGAAGAAGGUGUUGUGAAUGAGGCGAGUAAAAGUGAUAUUGAGUUGGAGAAUGAGCGGAAGUGUUUGGCACUCUUGAACGAUAUUCAGUAUGCAGUUGAUGAGACGCAUCGACUGGAAGCUAUCAUUGAAGAGUAUAGAAAUGAAAGAGAGCAGCUGAUUCAUGAACUGAAUCAAUACAAAAAUGAGCGAGAACAACACCCAAUACCACCGAUGUCACUAUCCAGUCAACAAGAACAACAGCUACAGUUACAAGCACAAAACGAUGAUCCAUCGCAAUCAGCAGUAUCACCGAAGGUUGAUGUGGAUAAUGGAAGUUCGCCCGAAGAUGUUCAUCAUCAGAUCGACGCAGUUACAACAACAUCGAUUAGUUGUAGUAGCAGCAAUGAGUCAGCAGUUAUUGAUGAAGAAAAUCAGUCAACGAAUACGGCUAUCGGAUCAUCAACAAAAGAGGAAGGAGAGCAGUUUCUUGUGAAGGAGAAUGGUUCCACAUUGAAUGCUCAAAUGCGAUUGAUGGGACGUGAGAAUGCGCUGUUACGUGAGCAUGCUGUCGAGAACUUGAGUGCUCAAGAUAAUCUGAUAGAAGACGUUCAUCAUUUGAUGGUGUUGAACAAUGAACUUGAAACUGCUGUAGACGCGUUGAAGGGCGAAUUGUGGGCCUUAAAUAGUCAGCUGAAAGCCUCAUUAUCAGAUCGCGAGUGUUUAACGGCGCAAUUGUAUAAGGUAACAAAAGAGAGAGAAAACGAACGUGAGGAAGCUCGUCAGAGGGAACGUCAGCUCGAAGAUCAAAAGGAUAUGGCUGAAAGAAGUCAGCGACAGGCAGCGUUAGCCGAAAAUGAAAGUAAUUGUCGUUUAAUGGAAUGGCAAGAAAAGAGCACAAAAAUGGAGAUGCGUUGUGAAGAAGUCGAAUCUGCUUACAAACUGCUGACCACCUAUUACCAGCAAUUGCAAGAGGCCUAUAACGCCUUGUAUGCGCGUUUCUGUGUAGCUAAGAGUGAUACAGCAACUGAAACUGAUGUUAAUGUUGAUAGAGUCAGUGAACAGAAUAUUAAUAACGCGGAGAGCUGCAUCAUGACGACCAGUAAUGUUAACAGCAGUGACGACGAUCGUGCUGAUAGUCAACAGCACCAUACGCUUGAUGACCAACAGCUUGAUUCGUUUUCGCAGUCAUCGAGAAGUUGCGAUGAGAAUUAUUAUAAUAUGAAACGAACACAGAUUGAUCGUCUGAAAACGGAAUUGGCAACGAGAGAGAUGCAAUUAAAUAACUCAAAUACGCAACUGAAACAGCUACGCGAGCUUGCCGUCACUGAAUUGGCAACAUUGCGCCGUUCAGUAUUGCAAAUACGGACCGAAGAGAUUGCUCGAUUGAAGUUGGCUAUAACGGAAAGUAUCGCAGAAACGGCGUGUGGUUUGAAAGCAAUUUAUGAACGAGCUGUUGAAAUUGUUGCCGACGUUGAGCAAGUGCAGAACGCGAGAUAUGCCGACAACAUUUCAGCAAUUCGAGAAUUACUCAAUGAAGCGUUCAAGGAUGAUGACGAAGCUUGUUAUUCCGCCACACAUUUGAAUGAAGCGAUAUUCGAUUCGCGGAAUUUGACGAGUACUUUAGAAAUGAUAAAAGAAAAACUCAUUCACAAACAAGCCGUGAUCAACGAGACGCGUGAAGCACUCAGCGAAUUGCGGAAUACUUGUUGUGCCCUUGAAAGUAAACUUCAACAGGCAGAAGCGGAAAAAGUGGACAAGCAAUAUACGAGUGAAUUGGAGCAACUAUUAGAAACAACACAAGUCUUACUAACAAGGCAUGUGGAUAAAUGUCAGCGUUUGCAAGAAAGAGUUGAACUGUUAGAGCAUGAAGGGGAAUCGAAAAAGUGUGUGGAAGAACAAGAAGAAAUAAAAACUGAUGAUGAAAGUAUUGAUGAAGGAACAACUACACCAUUCUGUUCGUUGAUGAACGACAGCAGUAUGAAAAGGAAACUUACGAAGAAUGAAGAGGAGAAGAGUGAUGUUGUGAAAUUACCGCAGAGGAGGGAGGAAGAUAUUACUGGGGAGGAUGGUGAUAUGAUGAUGACUGAUAAAGGAGUAAAGAAAUGUGUUUAUAGUGAUAGUAAUAGGAGUACUAAAGCAAAUAACAUGAUGAAUGAUUGUUGUUGUAAUAGUGCACAUGAUUCAGAAAUGGCAAUUUUAGCGGCACGUCUUACCACAAAAAGAGUCGAUAACGAUGCAUUGUUCCGAUGUAAUGCCGAAUUGGCGCAUACGAACGUACGUUUACAAAAUGAAAUGGAUGAACUGAAAAUGCAGUUAGAAGAGAAGCAACAAAAGAUAUCAACGCUAAUGCGGAUGGUACCAUCGGAAGUGCAACUAUCCGAAGAGAAUAAUGAAGAUGCUGAUGAAAUUAUUGUUGAAACUGUACAAAGAUGUGAUACGAAUUGCUUGUAUUCGGAAUGGAAGAGUGAUUCUGAACGACGCAAGAUAAACGGAGAUGUGCCCGAGCAAGAAGAAGAUGUAGGAAUGAGGAAAGGUGAUGACAUAAAGAAUAUCACUGGUCGCGAUAAUGAGACGAUGCUCAUUUCGGAAGAACGUUUGAUUGAUGAAGAAACACUUGUUGGUUCGUUAAUGACUGAGAAGCAAAUGCUCAAAGAUCAAAUUGUUGAACUGAAUGCAAAAUUGAACGGUGUAUCGACGAUGUAUGAAAAUGAAAAGAAACAAAGAGAAUAUUUGGAAGUGCAGCUGAAUGAUUAUAUGCAGUUCACGUGUGACAAUAAAGUGCGCGAGCAGUUGGCAGUAGAAGGGGAAAAUGAGAAGUGUUUUAAAAUAGCACCUGCUAAAAUUGAUAGUGAGGUAGUGAAAAAAAGCGAGGUGGAGCAGGACGGAGAGGAGAAGAGCGAAGAGGCAACAAAUAGGGAAGAGGACUGGAGUGAUGGCUGGGGAUGGGGCGAGUCGGAUGAGGUGGCUGUCGACGAAACUGAACCAUUAUCGGAAGUUGUUCGAGAACCAUCCAGCCAAUCUGAAGUCAUCAAGGAUGUGAGUUCUAUGAGUGUUGAAAGCGGGUAUCAAAGUAAUUCGAGAUUAAUAGACGAAUUAAAGAAAGAGAACGUUCAUCUUCAAGAAAUCGAACGUUCAUUACGUGCACGUCUAACAUAUCUUGAGAAUGGCUUAGAUGCUGCCGAAGAAUAUGCAUUCAAAAUGGACGAAAAAAAUGAACAGUUGGAAGCAAAAAUCUUGGAACUACGAGCUGUCAUCGAUCAUCUCGAAAAUAAUCAAUCUGACAGGAAUGCUGACAAGUCUGUUGUUGAGAGUGAUGAUAAUGGUAGAUUACAAAAUAUUACGGCUGUUAGUGGUUUCAAAACGUUCGUGUGUGCGGAACAACCAACAACUUCUGAAGCUUCGUCAGAUAUGUUAAUACAAGAUCUUCGUAAAGAAAUUUCCAAGUUGAGGAAAGAGAAUGUUGAUUUGAAUAAACGUCUGAUGGAUGAUGAUGCUGAAUUUUGGGGAGAAUAUGAAAAGGAAGAAAAUGGAGUAUUUAUGAAGAAGAUAGCACAUGAUCAAAGACAACAGUCGAAUCAAACGAGAAGUUUGGGGCAGCAAACUGAAGUUGAAGGGUUGACUCAAGAAAGUAGUUUAAUUGGAAUAAAUGAUGAGGAUAAAAUAAAUAAUAAUGGUAGUGAUGUGAUCAUUGAUGAGCUGAAGGAGCAGCAGAAUACACAGUGCGAGAUUAUUUCAAAGUUGAAUGAACAACUGGCAUCGGCUAAUAAACGAAAUUUGGAUUACAAGAAUGAAGUUGAAAGCCUGAUUCAAGAACUGUCUAAAAAUAGUGUAAAAGUAUCAGAAAUGAAUAAUGUUGUCAUGUUGACCAAGAAUAAAGUCGAGCAAUUGGAAAAGGCUUUGGAAUCAGCCAAAAAACAGAACGAGUUGUUGAAAGAUUCUGAAGUACGAUUGAUGGAUUCGACAACUCGAUAUGAAGAAGCGAUUUCGGAAUUAGAAGUCGAGAAUCAACAACUGACGAACGAUCUGAAGAUAGUUAAAAAGCAGCUAGCUGAUCAAGGAGUAUCGAAUGCAGCAGAAUGUAAUAAACUGGUGGAACAAUAUGAGAGACUUUUGGAAGAAGCAAGCAUCGAAUUGAAGAGCGUUAAUUCGGAACUGGAUAAGGAGCGCACAGCAAAGGAUAAACCAAAGGCCACAUAUGAUGCUUCUGUCCAGAUUGAGAUCAUAAACGAUGAAAGUCUGGAUAAUGUUGCUGAAGUUGCUGAAAAUGUGUCAGAUUUACAAGCAGUUAUGCAACAAAAUCAACAAUUACUUGCUAAAAUGGAGACUAUUGAAAGUGAACGCAAACGAAUGUGCAUUGAAAAGAAACAGUUAUUGAAACGUAUCAAAAUAAUGAAAUCGGAAUUGGAUGCUUACAAAGAGGAAAACGAGAUGAAUGUGCAACGUUCACGUUUGAACAGCACAAAUUCCUCGUCAUCAAUGCUAUCGGUAGAUGGUUGUACGAAAUUGUCAUCUCAUCCAGCACAAACCAUUUCAAAUGCUGUUCACGCUUCCGAUAGUCAUCAUCACGUCGUUCCUUCCUGUGUGAAUCAAACUGAUGACUGCGAUGAUGAUCCUGCGUUCGUGAAUUCAGACCUGAGUCUUGACGCAACAAUUCAUCAAAUUCAUGCUACAAGUUCAACAUUCAAAUUGGAAGUGAGACGUUUGGAUAAUCUACGGAAUAGUUUUGAGCAAUGCGAACGGCAGAUUAAAACUCAACUCGAAACGCUUCUGACCGCUGUGGGAGAUGAGGAGAUGCUCACGAUGAAAACGGGGAGUUGUGCGAUGGAAACGUUAAUUGAUGACGGUGAUAAUAAGGCGUGCUCGUUAAGAGAAGACAGUUUUUCAGUCGCUCACAGAAGCAGUAAGCUUGAUGAGCAAUCGUCGAAAUCAAUUAGAACUGACGAUGGAUUGAGUUUGCGGGUCACCGAGUUGGAGAAUGAAAAUCGUAAAUUACAUCUUCAAUUGGAGGAGGAACGGCUGCAGCACAAUAGUUUGGCGGAAAGGCGUGUUUGCAUGUUGGAGACCGAAAAUUUGAAGUUGGAAGCACGACUCGACGAGUUAAGGACGGAGGCGGAUGCAAUGGAAGUGGAAAAUGCCGAGUUGAGAAGCAGUUUAGCGACAAGUAGACGCACAGAGCGGUGCGAAGUGCAACGCUUAACAGUCGAAUUAGAUGAGUUACGAAUGCAGCUAAACGUGAAUGCAUCGAAAUCAAUGGUAGAUGUUGAAGUGUUGAAAAGUCGAGUGAAAGAACUCGAAGAUGAAAAUGGCAGACUGCGAACUGAUGCGAAGGACGUCAGAGAUAGUAUGCAGAGACUUAUUGCGCAGUUGCAGUCUGAAAAUAAGCGUCUUGAGGGAGUUAUGGGCGACAAUUACAGAAUAGUCAAAAACAACAAUAUGACUGAAGAGAAGAAGGAAAAUUUGCUUAAAAUGCUGAAUGAUGCUAUGGUAAGAAAUAGGGAGCUUGAGCUGGAAAUCGGUACGUUGUGUGAAAAUUCGACGAAAUUGGAGGAAAACUUAAGACAAAAACAAGAUGAAACGGUUCGGUUAGAAACAGCAAUAAAAAAUACCAGUGAGAUGAGUGAAACUGAAAAUGAUCAAGUUGAUGGUGGUAAUGAUUGUGAUGCCCCAUAUUCAACGGAUCCGGAAGUGAAAACAAUGUCGCAUUGCGAGAGAACUGAGUUGAAAAGCGAAGUAAUGAAGAAACACUCUGAGAAGAAAGUUGUCACUGAACAGGUGUUGAUGGAGCCUACAGUUUGCUCUGAUGUUUUAUCAGUUCAAGAAGUUACCGAUGAAAUUGUUAGUGCUGCAAAUGCAUCUGAUGUUCGAUGCGUACUCAUCAGUCAUCAAAAAUUUUCUGAUACGAAUAACUCGGAGCGAUCUGAGUCGUGCGAGCAUCUCUGUGAAGAAGAUUGUUCUCUUUCGAACCGUUCGUUGCGCAUUCCGAUGAUGUCGCCUACGCGAUGUGAAUGCGGCUCACAGAGCUUGAAGGAUUUGUUGUGUGCACAUGAAAAAAUUGCUGAUUAUGUGGCUGAAUUGGAGAAUCGUGUGAAGUGGCAACGUUUAUUAGAAGAUGCGUAUCGUUCAUUGCAAAUGCAAAACAAUAAGUAUGCAAUUACCCUAUUAUUUUUAAAUUUAUUUUUAUCGACGCAACAGUCUUUAACGGUAUUUGCGUCAUCAUCGUUAUCGAACGAACAAACUGAUCAGAUGAAGGCAUUAGAAGUGAAAUCAAUGGAAUUGGAACAAUCACAUGAAACACAAGAGCGUCUGAUCGAUGAACUUCGUAUUGCUGAGGCCAAACUUUUGAUGGUUGACGACACGGUUCGAGAUGAUGAGAGUCGCAUUGAACAACUUCAAGGAAGUGUUAAUGAAUGGCGUAAAAGAUUCGAAGAGGUCAGCCAAGAAAAUGAAACGCUACAACGUGCAAACGAAGAAGUGCAGAAUUUGGAACGUGUCAUCAAUGAAAUCAACACUGAAAAGGAAAACUGCUAUCAGCAGGUAUAUCGCGAGAAGCGGCAGUUGAUCGCAUCAAGAGAUCAUUUAUCGGAUCGACUGAAUGAAGCGAAUGCUCAUAUUGAAAUUUUGCAACAAAAAUUGAUGCGCACACUUGAAGCAAGAACGUCGGGUACGGUACGUAUUGUUGAAAUGGAAGCUGAUAUGAGACGUCUGAAUGCUAGAAUUGCUGAGUUGGAGCGAAUCAACAUUUCAGCUGAUAACAGUGCAGUCGGGUUUGAUGAUCGCAUCGCUGAACUGAACGCACAAAAUUUCAAACUCAAAAAACAAAUUGAAGAGCUGAAAUUAAUUGGAAGUAAUCAGGAAGGCGGUUCUUGUGCAGAAACCAGUUCGGUCGUUCAUUUAGUUGUUGAUGAAACUGUUGAAUCGCCUUCAGAUGAUGUGGUCGUAUUACAGUCCAAGUUGGAUAAAGUGUUAGGCAGCAAGAGAAAUGAUCCUGAAUGGUCGAUUUCUACGGAUGAAUUGAGCAUUGCGAAAACGAAUCGUCCAGUGAACAACGACGUAAAAGACAAUAGCAGUGUUCUGAUCAAUGAACUACGAGAAAGAAUCACAGUGUUGAGCGAACAGUUAAUAAGUGCUCAAGAAACCAUUGAAAUGUUGAACGAGCGCUCGUCAUCAACUCAUGUGCCGUUGGACGAGAGUGAGUCGGACUUUCACAAUAACUCAACUGAAUUGAUUCCAGCGAAUAAUCCAUGGCCUAGGUUGAUAAUACGUUUGCGACGUCUAUUCAGAUGGAUGCCUCAUCGACGCCGUGCGCUUCUACCAUAUUUCAGAUACGCACUAUUAGCAUAUUUUGUCUUUUUGCAUAUAGCUUUCUUUCAUUGCUUCUUCUUCUAA